AUGAAGAACAGCAGCAGAGAGCUUUGCUCAUGUACCAGGCCCCGAGUAUUGGAAUUUCUCAUCCAUUGCGCUCAGGAACUGGAUGUUUCUCCAAUGGUGAAAUACUCUGCCCUUACUCUGUUCGCCGAGCGCUUUUACCCAUCUCUCUCCAGAUUCCAAGACGACAGGAUCAAAGAAAACUGGCUUUUACAUCCCAUGACAGAAAGUAACCUACAGCUGUUUGCACUUACUUCAUUAUGGAUCUCAAGCAAAAUGCAUGAUUCCCCUCCGCUGUCUGUCAAAUGUUUGAAGAGUUUAGGAGACAAGUUUAUUAAAGAUCAGCAUUUCACUGCAAGAGAUCUCCUGGAAGCAGAGAUGGUGUUAAUGCAGGUAUUGGAGUUCAAGAUUGGCACAUUCAACAUUGCUUUUACACAUCUGGAAGAACUUCUCAUUCAAUUGAAAGGAGUUGCUCAAAUUGGAGAAUAUGUAAAGCUUGGAGAUUGCUUAGAUAUUAUGGAUAUACUUUACGAGAAGGAGGAGACGAUGGUUCUUUACAAUUCUCCCUGUUCUCUUGCUGCAUCUGUAUUGGUUGUUGCUUAUGUGAUCAUGGUUCCAAAACAAAGGUGGGAGUUUCCUAUACUUCCUUGGGUGAAGUUUGUGACUUUGUGCGAAGAAGAGGACAUCUUAAAUUCUGUUAGAAACAUUCUGAGGCAAAUACUUGAACCUCAAGCAAUGUGAGUUGUACCAACUGCCAACCACUGUAACAUGGCUGCUUCGUACUGCAAAAGAGGGGAAAACUUUUCCCCUCCUUGGAUGCUGCAGUUAAUAGGUAUUAUCGGUGUCCUUUACAAAAAGGAUUGAUUUCAUGCCACACAUUUAUUCUUUUAUGUUGAAAAGCUAGAGAAAUUAAGGCCCAGCAUUUACAGUUUGUCUUGAAAGUACCUGACUUAAUGAUCUUUGAGGUCCACAAGGAGGACCAUGGCAUAGCCUAAGCUUAUCUCAUUGAUAA